GGGUAUUAAAAUCCUGCAGGCCCUGCCACCACCGCGUGCUCCUUGCAGCCGGCUGCCGGUGAAAUCACUAGGCUUGCUCUUAGUGGUUCCAAGAAGUAAAGGUCAAGAGCUGUACCUUUCUCGGCUUGCAGCCUAGUAUUGGUAGUAGUAGUUAAUAAAGACAUGGUCAACUAGAAUAUCCUGAAGGUGAAAGCAGUAGCUAAGGUCAAACAUGUGAAUGGACUAUUGACUCUCAAUUAGGUGUUCUUAGUACGACUUUGCUCAUUGGGUCCAGUUGUUCUUAAUUCUUAUAUGUCCUACCCACGGAGUUCCAUGAGAAGCAUAGAAUAUACUGCAUUCCAGGAACAUCAAAACUGAUACCGUAUUGUUAUCUUACCCAUCCUGCAGAGUUUCUUCCUGAGGAGCCAGAGAGAACUCCAAAUGGAAAGUUUCCUAUCUGCAGUCCUAGAAACAGGGGGAGAAAUUAAGGAAUUAAUGGUGGUGCUGGAUUUAGCUCACUAACCAAAGCCUCUAGGGUCAUGAACUGUACCUAUUCUCUGGUGGUACUGGUGGUAUUUAUUUCUUGACAACGUGGGAGAGGAAAUGCCAUGGAACAAUCAGGCAAGGCCACAAGGACUUUGAAACGUCAAACAUGGUACGCAUUGGACAGGACUGACCUUCUGUAUGACUAGAAUUCUAUAGGAGAGAGUCUCCCAAAUGAGUAUUCUCCUUGCUGCUGUUCUGGGCGACCUGACAACGAGAUCCAUAAAUUUCCUCAUAAAAAGUAGCUUCCAGGCAACAACACCGGACGUGGAGGAUCGCCUCCGCAGGAUCCUGUUCCGGGCACAGGUCAUCGUUGAUGAAGCCAUGGGACGGCAGAUCACAAACCGAGGUGUUCUUCAGCAGCUGGACAUGCUCAGAGACGCCAUGCACCACAGCUAUUACAUCCUCGACACCUUCAGAUACCAAUCUCACAGCGAAGAGGAGGCCAAAGGUCUUUUUGUCAACGGAGCCUCAAUGGUCACCUUAUUGAGAUGGAGCAAUUUAUCAACUCCUUGUUCCAUGUCAAGCAGAGCCUCUUGGUUGAUGAAGACUGUGCAUCCUACCAAUCUUUUGCCAAGAAAGCUUUAUGGAGUUAGUUGUACUGAAUUGCUUGUUUCAUAUGAUUACAGCUGCAUAGUCACCUGGUGCUCCAAAGUCCAACCACACCAAUCUAAAGGUGUCUGCUGCAAGAAUACAAGGUAGCUAGGACAAAUAAAAGAACCUUCAUUGGUGCAAACAUCAUUGCUCGUGUGAUGAGGAACAACUUUGACCCCAUUUUGGUGCAAGGUCCUGACCUUGUUUUCUUGUUGAGAUGGAUCAUCCAGAUUUAGUGAGCAUCCACUUGAUCGUCUGGACCAAAAUAGACCUACACCUCUUGGAAGAAUGGCUACACCUCCUGAAGACCUCGUGAUUUGUAGUCAGUAUCAAUGAUCUUCAACAGGAGGAGGUUCUGAAGAUAAAAAUCCAAGAUGUAUGUAUGGAGAAGCGUUAAGCCACGUGGUAAAUUUGAGGUCCCAGCAUGGAAAGUCUCCUAUGCCGCCCUGCAUCUUUUCAUGUUUUCAGUUCAACCCUUCAGGCUUUUUUGUCAACAUAGUUA